UGUCACUGCUUCUGCAGCGGCAGCUUUGGGCGUGGGCGCCCUGGCAGUGCUCAAGGGAGUUCUUAUCGGGAAGCAUCUGAAGCGCCGUUACAGGAGGGACGUCGAUUCCAUGGAGGAGGACGUUGCAACAGAAAUUGCUGUGGCCCAGAAGAUGGACUCUGCUGGUUGCGUGGCCAAGCUCUUGUGCGAAAUCGAGGCCAUGUCCGCUGACCAGCUCACGCCAGCCAUGUCCACCUUCAAGACCGCCUUCGACAACAACAGCAACCUCAAGGGAUCCCGAGGCGUCUACGACCUGGCCAUCACCUUCGGCUCCAAGUUCGCCAAGAAAGACGCCAAGGCCUGCAGCGCCCUCUUCGACAAGUGCGUCCUCUCCAGGGACGAUCUCUCCUUCAUGCUGGAUUCCACUUCUCAUGCUAGUCAUGAGCACCGCAUUCUUACACUAAGCACCUCACAAUCACACCAUCACCAUGCAUACACGCAGGCAGACUGA